AUUCCACGUGUGAUAAACCCUAAUGUAAAAUGUCCUGAACAAGCUGAACUGGGUUUUCCCCAAAACCUGACUAACCACCACCACCACCACCCGCCAUGGCGCAGAGGCGGAGGCUCCACAGCCUAACCCGUCAAGUCAUAGCAAUCAUCUCGUCAAACCCUACACAGCUACACCACACAGUCAAACUGCCUUCUUUCCCCAGCUCUCUCUCCAUCAAAACCCUCAGAUCCUCUCUCAUUUUCACCAACACUAACGCCACAUGUCAUUCCCUCUGGUCCCACCAUCACCACCGCAAUCAUCGCUAUUUCUCAUCGGAUUAUGGAGACAAAAGCGAAAAUGACGAGACAGAGGAUGAUGGUAGUGACAGUGAUGGCGAGGAAGUAACGGAAUCUGACUUGAAGAGGGAGUAUACGCUACAGGAAAAGGAAGAGGAGGCUGCAGCCAUUGGUUACAAAGUGAUUGGACCACUUGGGGAUAGCGAACGUGUUAUUAAAGCCUACGAGCCUGUUUUUGCUGUUAUUCAGAUUGGUUCGCAUCAAUUUAAGGUGAGCAAUGGAGAUUGUAUUUUCACCGAGAGAUUGAAAUUCUGCGACGUAAAUGACAAGUUGAUUUUGAACAAGGUUCUCUUGGUAGGAUCACAGACUCAAACAAUUGUUGGCAGGCCUAUGGUGCCAGAUGCAGUUGUUCAUGCAAUUGUUGAGGAGCAUGCAUUAGAUGCGAAAGUAAUUAUCUUUAAGAAGAAGAGACGGAAGAAUUACCGCCGAACCAAAGGACAUAGACAGGAAUUGACUAAGUUGAGAAUAACUGAUAUUCAAGGAAUUGAGAAGGCAGAAAUGAAAGUUAAGACAAAACCUAGAAAGGUAGCAGUUAAAAAGCAGGAAGAGGUUCCAACUGCUGCUUAGUGAGGGAUUUCGUGUGACCAUAUGUUCACAAUAAGCCUUCCAUGCUUAUAAUAUCGGAGCUGCAAUUUUGCCAUCUAUAUGAUGGACAUUAUCUCAUUCCUGAUUUAUCCAGUGUACAUUUUGGAUGUCGUAGAAGCAGAAACCAUGUCCUUUAUGUAGGAUUGGUAUGCUGGAAUAUAUCAUUUUUUUCUCCUGCUAAAAUUUUGUAUUUCUUGUUACUUUAUUUGUAUGAAUUAAUCACUAAACCCGUGAAAUCUCAGUGGUAAUCUUCUGUUUUCAAUAGGGUAGUCCCAAGGAAUUAAUAAAGUAGAGGGUGUUUGGUUUA